AUGUGGUCAUCAGCACUGGGCAGGGACUCUCCUACCGCCGUUACCGCCGCAAGCUUCAACCAGAACCGCCCCCGGGGUCUCCCGGGAACACACAAGGUUGGAGGUGCGAAAGCGAGGGAGACACGGAGCGAAGCCACGGCCGUGCGGUCUGGGAAAUUCGUCUCGAGACCUCCUCCGGGGAGCUGCGCCGGCGGGCCCCCGGUCGGUGGGUCGACGACGGAGGAUGAGCGAACAUGUGGUCCGGUUAGCGGAGUGCCUAACUUCGGCUCCAGUCCCCCGGGAUGA